AUGUUCCCACCACCUUCCUGCGAGUGGGUUUGGGCAGACGCGUUCCUCACGAGCCUACUACAAGGUACAUAUGGGCGACGCGGCAGGACCAAUGCAGCUGGUUCACUGACCAGAACGACCAGUUCAGCAGUGCGAUCACCAUUCAGCCUCGCCUUACCCCACCCGUCUUCGAGGCAAUUUUCGGGAACACUCUGGUCUUGGCUGGACACCGUGGACAGCUCCCAUCCCGGCCUUGCGGGCGUCAAAUCUCGCGCCGCUACCGUCCUUCACGAUAACAUUCGCCUCAUGAGUCUCGAGGACAAGCCUCUGCCCAUGAACAAGGCGUUGGACAGCAUAAUCGACGAUGCAGCCGUCUUCACCGCUAUCUCGGGUACCUCGACCCCGGCCAUUCCUUCACUGGUUCUCACCAGUGACAUACCGGCAUACGCGCACCAAGUCACGUCGGCUCCGUACGCCUUUGCAGACGAGUUCACUGGCCCAGGUCCACACGCCCUCCUCUCCGUGCCGGGUCUCUCGGUGUCGACAGCGCCGAGAGUCAGAAAUACCCAACCAAAUAGUUUGGGGCCGCGUGGACUUGUGGCAAUGCUUGAACAAUCAGAGGAAGAGCCCUGGAAGCACUUGGUGCUCCUGGCUAGGUAUCUCAUCCCCGUCAAGCCGGUAUUCGUCCGCGGCUACUCUACCCACUUGGUGCGCUACAUCCUCGAUGGAGCCAUGACCGACAUGUUCAAGCGUUCCAUCAAUGACCACGAUAUGGACCGAAUCCUCUCGGGAGCGCUCAAGGGUGAAUGGGAGGAGAUUGACAAUAUGAUACAUAGACGCCCCUUCUACGUCCAACUGCAGCACCAAGAUCGGCCGCCCCGUUGCCAUUCACGUCAGACCCGAGGACUAGAACUUUUUGGUCCUGGUAUCUUGCAACUUGCACCCGGGCAUGCUCAAGCAGUCGAGGACAUCAAUGUCGCCGUCGAGGCUGUUAUCUGUGCUCGUGUCAAGGAUCACGGCCCGCCACCCGACCACGACAACUUCCAGUGGAUUGACCAGUCGGCCAAGACCUCGGAGAUGAUGUCCAAGGCGAGGAGCGAUGGUAACAAGCUUCUCGUCCUCGGCAAAGGCCUUGCGUACUCGACCGAGCGCGGCAGACAGGCCGAUAGCAUCCUCGCCUAUGUGGCACAAGUCGAGCAAACUGGCAUGGCAGCGAUCGUCCCCCAUUGCAGGCCAAUGUUCGAUCGCCACUCGCCCCAGCAAGCUCGCCAAUGGAUCCUGUACAAGCCAGAGGGCUACAACUUUACCCUCGCGGCCCAGGCUAGUAACAUCCACGCCUAUGAGGCCGCCGUCGAGCAUGGCCACCUCAACCCCACCCUUGACUUGGCUGCAAGCCCAGGUGCCCUCCACUGGGUGCCCGCCGUCGACAUUCUUGCCGCCAUCCCGAACACGUUCUUUCCCGCGGCGUUCGCCAACAAGCUGCAACAGCUGGACACUCUCGCGACCGCGGGCCACAUCCUCGUUCUCACCAAUGCCAAGUGCCCCACAUGGUUGAAGGCCUUUGCCGCUGCGAGCCGCCUUCUGGAACUGGGCGCCUCCACCAUCGCCCCGCAGCCAAACGCACGGGACAACACGUCGCUCUUCAAAGGACCAGCCAUCAAGAGCUCCACAUCGUGGGUGCAGCACGCCUGCCCCGGAAACCAGACUGUGGCCAAACCAGCGGUGAAGCCCGAGGGCAAGCCGGCGCACACCUUCCACGACCUGAUCCCCGAGGUGCAGCAGCUCGUCGUCCACGCCUACUGCAUUGCCAAGCAGUCGGGCACGGCCCAGCUUGGCUUCACGGCACACCAGCUUGCAGACUGUCUGCAGUGGGACAUCACAUGA